CAAAAUACAAGUUUGUAUUUGUAACGGGCCACUCCUUUCGCUCGCGAAUUCUUACACAAUGCUCGACGGUUUUUUUUAAUAUCCUCGUGUGUAAGCGCACGCGGUGAUGCUAAUCGCGUGCAUCAUCUACUAAUAUAUCCUGGACUCGAUUGACUCGAUUGGGAAGUCGCGAUCCUAAGCAAAAAUGUGGAUCUGGAUUCUCUUAUUAUUCCUGGCUUCUGGAAAUGGCCAGGUCAGCCAAGAAUCACCGGAAUAUACUUCAAGAUCUCCUCCACGAAAUCGUUACGAUGAGAAUACAGGCUUCAGGGAUCAGAAUACAGGCUUCAGAGAUCAGAAUACAGGCUUCAGAGAUCAGAAUACAGGCUUUGGAUUCUGGAAUCCUCAAAAUGAGAAUGUUGUAAUUAAAGAAGCUACAUAUUUCGUCGUUGCGUCUCGCAUGGUUAGACCAAAUCAAGUAUACAGAAUUGCUGUAAACAUUCUUCACAGCCCAUUACCUAUGACAGUGCGUUCAUCUAUUCAACGCAAUGGGGUGGAAAUUGCGGCGGAUUAUCAGGAAGUGAAGGAAGGCAUACCAGAAACUCUAAUGAUGCGCAUGCCACCUACAUCUGUAGGUGGUGAUUAUAAAUUGCGUGUGGAAGGGAUGUACAAUGAUUUGAAAGGUGGUCAAGCUUUUUUGAACGAAACCAAAUUGAUAUUCUCACAACGUUCCAUGACUAUAUUCAUACAGUUGGACAAGCCUGUAUAUAUGCAAGGCGAAACUAUACGAUUCAGAACGAUUCCAAUAGACACGGAAUUGAAAGCAUAUAACAAUCCCGUGGACGUAUAUAUGUUAGAUCCAAACAGGAGAAUUAUGAGAAGAUGGCUCAGUAGGCAGAGCAAUCUGGGUACAGUAUCGUUGUCAUAUCAAUUGUCCGAUCAACCUGUGUUUGGGGAAUGGAUUGUACAAAUAAUAGCACAGAAUCAAGUAGAGGAGAAGACAUUCUUGGUGGAAGAAUAUUAUCAAACACGUUUUGAGGUGAAUGUUACAAUGCCAGCGUUUUUCUUUGACAAUGAUCCCUAUAUUUAUGGCAUCGUUCAAGCGAAUUAUACUUCGGGCGCACCGGUAAGAGGUAAUCUAACUCUAAAAGCCAGCUUCAAACCAUUGGACAGAACGCGCAUUUCUUCCGGGAUUGAGCCAGUCGAAAUGUAUUUUAAUUUCAACGAAUAUUAUCCGGCGUGGUUUAGAGCAUUAACUUCUGAUGAAGAGAGAAUACCAGUGUUGAGGUUCUUCAACGGGUCAUAUCACUUCCAAUACCCUAUGCGGGAAUUAUUUAAUUUUGUCCAAUCCAUCGAUGGAAUGGAAGCCACUAUAAUUGCAACAGUAGGCGAAAGAUUCUUGGAUGAGGUGAUUGUCGGCUAUUCUGUGGCGAGGAUUUUCAAUUCCACUACAAAAAUUCGUUUCCUUGGAGGCAGUCCGCAAGUCUUUAAGCCGGCGAUGCCGUUCUCGUUGAAUCUUGUUGCGUCCUUCCAUGAUAACUCGCCACUACGACCUACGCAGCUUAAUGGUGCUCUAAUGGAGAUUCGUGCAGAUGUCGAGAUGCGAAGCGGACGUCGUAACAUUGAUACCCAGUAUCUAAGAGCAUUACCGGAACACGCGGAUGUGUGGUCCGUAAAGAUGGAUCUCAGAAAGCAACUCGGGCUGGAGCAAAACGUCGAUCCUAAUCAGAUUCUGAACGAUGUUACUUCUAUGAGGAUCUACGCACAUUUCACCGACGGUGAAGGUCACGAGGCGCGGACCGAAUUAUUACUGCUCGCUCAUGAGUCUCCAAAUAUGAGGCACAUCAAGAUAUCAACCUCUACUGAAAAGCCUAAAGUCGGCGAAUACAUGGUGUUUCAUGUACAAACCAAUUUCCAUAUCGAUGCUUUCAACUACAUAAUCAUGUCCAAAGGUACAAUACUUUUGACCGGAGAAGACAAUAUGCAACACAGUGUAAAAACCUUUGCGAUACCUUUAAGUCCUGAGAUGGCUCCUGUUGCAACUGCAGUGGUAUAUUAUGUGGGUCGCUAUGGCGAAGUCGUGGCGGAUUCACUGACAUUCCCGGUGAACGGCAUUUCGCGCAAUAACUUCACCGUAUUCAUCAACAACAAGAAGGCGAGAACAGGCGAACGCGUCGAAGUAGCCAUCUAUGGUGAGCCCGGCGCCUACGUUGCAUUGUCGGGUAUUGAUCGUUCAUUCUACACCAUGCAAGCGGGGAACGAACUGACGUAUGCAAAUGUGAUUACGAAAAUGGCACACUUCGAUGAAGACACCAACGGCACUUACUUGCACACCUGGCAGUACCACGACGGCGAUCCAGAUGAAAUCGUGUACUUCCCGUCAUCCACUUUCGGUAUCGAUGUCAAUCGUACAUUUGAUUAUGUCGGCCUAGUUGUUUUCACGGAUGCUGUGAUACAUCGGCGACACGAACUCUGCAAUCAGACUCAAGGAUAUGGCGAGUGCCUAUCUGGUCGAUGUUAUAAAUUGGAGAAAAAAUGUGACGGCGUGUUCGACUGCGAGGACGGUACGGACGAGACGCGAUGCGUAGAGCGAAAUGCAACCGAUUUGGCGCAAUUCCGCAAAUGGCGUUUCAAUCGAAUUCAGAGGCAUUACGAAAACGUCUGGUUGUGGAAGGACAUUAAUAUCGGUCCACACGGUCGGCAAAUCUUCAACCUGGACGUGCCGCGAAGACCGGUUCAUUGGAUGAUUACCGCGUUCAGCAUGUCGCCUAGCAUGGGCUUCGGUAUGUUGCCCAAAGCGUUGGAAUAUAUGGGAGUUCUACCGUUCUUCAUAAAUGUAGAGAUGCCAACUCGUAGCAGGCAAGGCGAACAGAUCGGUAUCCGUGUGUCUGUGUUCAAUUAUAUGCGCCACAAUAUCGAAGCGACGGUGGUAUUGGCAGACUCCAGGGAAUUCAAAUUCGUCCAUGUCGAGAAGAACGGCAUUGUACAGUCGUACAAGCCGCGCACUUCCUUCGGCGAACAUCAGUUCUUCAUUUGGAUUCCUGCACAAGACGCUAGCGUCGUUUAUCUGCCCAUCGUACCGGUGAGACUCGGCAAUAUCAAAAUUCAAAUCGACGCUAGUACUCUGAUCGGGAGGGACUCGGUGACUCGUAAUUUGUACGUUGAGGCCGACGGAGUACCACAGCACCGGCAUGAAUCAAUGUUGUUGGAUCUUAGUAACCGAGCCUAUGUACUUCAAUAUAUGCACGUAAACAUUACCGAGACACCAAUCAUACCAUAUGAUGAAAACCGUUACUAUGUGUUCGGAUCCAACAAAGCGACUAUCAGUUUGGUUGGCGACGUGGUGGGGCCAAUCUUUCCGACAAUGCCGGUAAAUGCGACGAGUCUCAUGAAUCUGCCAAUGGAUUGCGCCGAACAGAACAUGUUUAGCUUCGCCGCCAACAUGUACAACACCUUGUACAUGCGUCUGAUUAAUCAGCGUAAUCGCACGCAAGAAAAAGAAAGUUUCUACUACAUGAAUAUCGGUUAUCAGCGACAGUUAUCGUUUAUGAAUCUCGAUGGGUCUUUUAGUUUCUUCCGCACUGAUUGGAACCAAUCGAUGCCGAGCGUCUGGUUAACAGCAUUCUGUGCGCGGAUAUUCCAAGAGGCCAGCUUCUAUGAAUGGGAAAAUUAUUUGUACAUCGAUCCCGAGGUGAUAGCCCAAUCGGUUUCCUGGAUACUGAAACAUCAGACGGAAAACGGCUCGUUCUACGAAGUAACCUGGCUACCGGACCGAAAGAUGAAUAGUUCCUUAAAUUAUAGAAAUGAUCUAAUGGCUCAUCGAAACAUCAGUCUUACUGCUCAUGUUCUUAUCACGCUGGAAAGCGUCAAAGAUCUCACUGGCGGCUUAGGUUCUCAAGUGGCUCUCAGCGCGGCCAAGGCUGUCAAAUGGUUGGAAAGAAAUCUAAACUUGCUGGAACAAAGUGGCAAGCCAUACGAGGUAGCGAUAGUAGCUUACGCACUUUUGGUAGCGAAAGCCUCGACCGCCGAGCAAGCUUUCAAUAUUCUGGCAAGACAUGCACGGAGAGAGGGUGGGCUGACGUACUGGGGUAGAGAACAGGUGCCGCUUCCUCCAACCAAGACGGAAAAUCAAAGAAGCUUCCUGCUGCCGCGUUUACCUUACAAAUAUGACUCUGAAAACAUAGAAACAACCGCAUACGCGCUGCUGGUGCACGUCGCUCGACAAGAGAUUAUGAUAGAGCCGAUUGUUAUGUGGUUGAACGCACAGAGAUUAACGGAUGGUGGAUGGGCCUCUACUCAGGAUACUGUUUGGGCGAUAAAGGCAUUGAUGGAAUACACCGUGAGAUCGAGAAUAAGGGAUGUCAGUUCACUGACAGUAUCAGUGGAGGCUACCGCUUUGCCGGGACAGACCAAGACGUUGACGAUAAACGAUAAGAAUCUGGCAAGACUUCAAACGAUCGAGAUACCGCAUGGAGAUGCAUGGGGAACUGUGAGAGUGCAAGCAAAGGGCGCGGGCUAUGCUAUUUUACAGAUGCACGUGCAAUAUAAUGUGGACAUAUGGAGAUUUCAAACGCAACCGCCGGUUAAAUCCUUCGAUCUAGUCACUAGAGCGAAUUUCCACGGCAGAAAUCAGUCUCACAUCUCAUAUUUUAGUUGUCAAAGAUGGACGAAUCUCAAUGAAUCUGCGCGUUCGGGUAUGGCUGUAUUGGAUGUAGCCAUACCAACCGGUUACAUAAUCCAGCAGCAAACUCUGGAUAAAUACAUCUUAUCGAAACAGGUGAGAAAUCUCCAGAGAGCACGUUUCCAAGACAAAAAAGUGCUUUUCUACUUCGAUUAUCUGGACUAUGAAGAGACGUGCGUAAAUUUCACCGUGGAACGUUGGUAUCCUGUUGCAAAUAUGUCGCGAUAUCUUCCCAUUCGCGUUUACGACUACUAUUCUCCAGAACGUUUCAACGAAUCUAUAUUCGAUGCACUGCCAACAUAUACUUUAAAUAUAUGCGAGGUUUGCGGUAGUUCACAGUGUCCUUACUGCCCAAUUUACAACGCUGCUACACUUUUAGCAACACCGGCAGGUUUCCUGCUUAUCGCGUCACUUGUUGUCACGAUAACAAGGUAUUUCCGAACGCAACAAUUCAGUGACGGCUAGCAAUCACUGCAAUGACACAAAGAUAAAAAUGUUUGAUCCUUGUCAAUUUCUAUUGCCAUGGUUUGCCUCUCCUAACAGAGCACAAAUAUGGAACGGUACGAUGAUCGAAACAUAUAAUUUUAUAAAAAUGAUACAAAUAAUAUGUGCGAGUCAAACAGAAGACAAGUUAUUAUUUCCGCAUAAACAAUCAAUAAUGUAAUUAAUUAUCUCGUGUAAUUACGCGAAUCAUCAUUGAAAUGAUCAUGCUAUAAGUUUUAUUCCUCUAUUUAAUGAAAUUAUUUUUGAUAAUUCUAACUAUUUUUAUAUACGACAUAUUAAUAUUGAAGAUCUUUUUUCUUGCUAUGUAAUUUAUGUAAGACAUAUAUCAAAAUUUUUUUUUACUUUAUACGCU